AGCGGAGAAUGCUCCCCCCACAAGUGUGGGCUUGCUUCGCAUGAGUAAGCCAGAAUGCCGUACUGAGCUAUGCUGCCAUGCAGCAGCAGGUUGUGUGGCUGCAGGGAGCCGCCGCCGCCGCCGACGCCGCCCUCUCGCACCGUCUUCGCCGCCGCCGGCCGCCGCCGACGCCCCAAGGUCAAUAGAACCAUGGCCCAUUUUUCCCCAAGACAAACUUAGACCAUGGCCGGCCCAUUUGAACUUUCAGCCCACACUCCACUCUGCCAUGUUCUUUUUUCCUUUUCUCUUCUUCUCUCUCAUUUUCUCAGCAACGCAAUCCUGUUGGUCUCUAUCAAACCAAAGAGCUUAGUAGCUUGCGAUGGUAUCGUCAACAUGAAUAUAUGAUCGAUUAUUAUGCUGUUCAUUCAUGUUUGGCUGAAUCUCAAAGCCAGAGGUAGGUUUAUUGAUGGUGCUCAACACAUUUCUUCAGAUUUCAGUACACUACUUCAGUUCAGCCCUCUUAUCUGUAUCCGGCACUUAUCUUUUGUCUCAUCUCAAUCCUCUUGGUUAAUGUAGAAAGAAAACAGAACGUAAAUUUGUUUUUUUUUCUUUUGGUUUAUCGGUAUACAUUUGGGACGUAAAGCAUCUGAAAAAAGAGAUUCCAUUUCCCAGUUCUGAUACCAAUCUCUGCAGGUAAAGCUUCUGAAAAAAGGCAUGAACAAUAAAAGAAACACAAUAGCACUCGCACCAUAAAUAAAACAGUAAGUAUGUGGCAUGAUGUACAAGUACAACAGACUACUACAUCAACUGAAAAGACUGAAUUGGUGAAUUCUCUCUUCUUCUCAGAAGCUGCUCAUAAGAAGUUAUGAGUGAGAGGAAGAGGACUCAAAUCGAUGGAGGGCAAGGGAGCAGCUGCAGCAGUGGCUCUCUGCUGCAUUCUCAUCCUGCUGUCAGGUGAUCAGCUUCAUCAGGUGGCUGCCAUGUCCAAGUUCUGCAGAUGCUACUUGCAGUGCUACCCUGACUGCAGGAAGAGCCUGCCUCGGUUCAUCUGCGUGCUCAAAUGCAUCGAUGAUUGCAGCCCCAACAAGAAGAGGAUGGCCGUCGGCGACUGCAACAAAUUUUGCCUGCUCGCCAUCUGCGGCAUGGCGUUGAAUGGGCAAGCUGAUGUUGCAUCUUGCGUAGAUGACUGCACCAAGAACCCAGAUCUACACACCAAGUUCCUUUAAGAUCAUGGGAUUGAUUGAUUCGUACUGUUGUCUGUCAAGAGCAUAUCAACUCUAGCAUAAUGCAUACUACAGAUCUAUAGUCCACUUUUGAGUGUUGAACGAUGAUCAGUGGUAAUAAUAAUAAUAAUCAGCUUAUGUUUGCCA